AGAAUCGCGUGCUGCUCACAUCUUACUUUAUAUUUAUUGUCCAUCAAGAAGCUAUAGACACACCCGCCCUACGCUACUUUUACACCCCCCAAUCCCUCUCCCGACACUACACAGCCAGAGCUUCUCCUCCACUCUACCCCACUUACGCGACGCGUCGCAUCAACCCCAUCCCAUCGAUGGCGCCCUUCCACCCCACACGGCGCGAGCUCAUCCUCGUCCUCGUGCUCACCCUCCUCUUCGGCCUCCUUUUACACCUCGACCUGCCUCUCCGUCUAACGGACUCUUCGCCUGGGUUCAGCAACUUCUCAGAUGAGGGGCGGAAAGGCAGAGGAGGAGAACGGUGGCUGGAAGAUGUCGAAACUGGUGUAGAGUUCUCAAAGGCGGCCAAGAUUGCUGGGAUGGCAGAGGCAAAAGUCAAGUGGGGGGAGCAAGGGGCGCACCGGACGGAAGUGCUCGCUCAUGCGCCGGGGUGGACGAUCUUUGAUGAUAUCUAUCUGUUCAACGGGACGUGGUUCAUCGUGACUGAUAAUCCAUCAAGUAUUCCGUUAUUGCGGUUGAUGUCGAGUACGGGGAAUGAGAUUUGGAAUGAUGAAGAGUCUAUCCGUGGACGUGAACCGACAGAAAAAGAUAUGCGAAUCGUGUUUCCAUCCGAGGCCAAACGUCUCUGGGGCCACUCUGCGUCAUUGGUAUCCGGCAGCACAUUCCUCAUCAACGACCCUUCGCAAUUCUUGGACCACUACUACCAUUUCGCUGCCGAACUCCUUCUCGGCCUCUGGCGAACCUACGCCUCCCUUGACCCCACCAUCUCUGCCCAGGGCGUCACCCACCUCCCCUCACCGACAAGGAUGAUGUUUCCCCACGUCGGUGCUGGGAGAUGGAACGAUUACGCCAAAAUGAACUCGUUCCUCUCACGCGCCAUCUUUCCUUCGAUGUCGUACGAAUACCAGAACGACUUUUUGGACAGGGCCGAUACGGGGCGGGCAUUCAUCUUUGAGAGGGUAGUCUUUGCGGAUCGCGCGGCUGCGUUCAGAGGACCAGAGUUCAAGAAGACAUGGAGAACAGCGAGCGAGGCGGUGACGCUGCAGGCCAGCAAGUUUUGGUGGGCGCCAGUCAGGCGGAACCUGAUUGAAUUUGUGGGGAACGGCCAAGGCGGGGAGCUCGAGAUGGGCGAUGUCGGUCUUGGGGUUGGGGUGGAGGUGCCGGAUAUUGAAGAGGAUAUCGAGGCGCUCGAGGCGGAGGAAGGCGCGCUGGAGGAGGAGAAGGAAGAGUUGAGGGAAAAGAUCAUCAAGGAAAAGCAGGCGCAGGCGGGGACGCCGGUGAUUACCUAUGUCAGCAGACAGGACUGGGGCCGGAGAAUGCUGUUGAAGGAAAGCCACGAGAGUCUUGUGCACGAGCUGCGCGAGCUGGAGAAGAAGUAUGGAUGGGAGGUCAACAUCGUGUCGAUGGACAAGCUGUCGCGAGACGAGCAGAUCCGGCUUUCGGCGCGCACGACAAUCAUGAUGGGUGUGCAUGGCAACGGUCUGACCCACCUGCUAUGGAUGAACAACCAGAACCCGCGGGCAACGAUCAUCGAGUUCUUCUACCCUGGUGGCUUUGCCGAGGACUAUGAGUUUACUUCUCGAGCGUUGGGCAUGACACACUACGGGGUGUGGGACGAUCAAACGUUUACUGCGCCUGAUACGCCUCAGGUGGCGUAUCCCGAGGGCUUCCAGGGGAACGAGAUCCCUCUGAACGGCAAGGUGGUGGCAGAUCUUCUUGUGCAGAGACUGCUAGUCGAGCGUCCCGCUCGUUCCUUGGAAGAAGAGGAUGUCGCUCAAUAGAUCGUCCUCGGCGCACCGACUGCCCCGUCUGCCUGUGCAGCUCGCCGUGUCUCAUCAUUGUAAAAGUAUCUCAUUUGGCCCUGCCCCAGGGCCAGCAUCUUCCAUGGCUUUUCAGCCAAAUCUUGUGUCAUAGAUGUUCAUCCUGUCCGUAUCUCCCCCGCGGUCUUCUCGAUCGCUAUCACGUUUCUUGCAUUGGGCGACAACGGACUUUUAUAUAUGCAUGUCGGGUAAUAGGAAA